GGCUCUGCCCGCGCAGGUUCGAAUCCUGCCGUUCACGAUUUUUGUUUUUAGUUUUUCUUGUUUCGUUUUCGUCCCAACCUAUAAAAAGAGGCGGAUUCUGCCGACGAGCAUGGUGAAAGUACGAGUCCCAUACAUAUGCUCGUCCGAAGUAUUAUAUCUCCUGCUGAUUCGUCACUGAAGCAAAGGUGUGGGUUACAUGAAUCUCUUAAAUGGGAUAAAGAGAUGCAAAUUCAUCAAACAACUGCAUCAGCUUCAUGGUUAUUCAAUUACUUCCGGUCUCCUCUCCCUUCAUCCUUCACCUUUCUUGAAUACCAUUCUCCACACCCUUGCUUCCAUCCUCAUACCCACUAACUUGGCCAAAUCCGCCACUUUCAACCCAUCGAGCUAUGCACUCUCUGUUUUCCGUUCCAUUCCAAACCCAUUAACAUUCUCGUAUAAUAACCUCAUUCGAGUUCACACUCUUCUUUCCACGCCUCUCUGCGCCCUCCACAUAUUUACCCUGUUGCGCCGUCUCUCUGUUUCCCCUGACUUCCACACCUUCCCAUUUGUCCUCAAAGCCUGCGCUCAACUCCGUGUUCUUGCCCUCUCACAAUCAGUUCAUUCACAAGCUUUCAAGUUCGGGUUCGUCGCCCAUUUGUUCGUACUGAAUUCUCUUGUACGUGUUUACUCUGUCCACGACCGUGUCGACGAUGCCUACCAAAUGUUCGCCGAAAGUCCUUACAGGGAUGUUGUCUCUUACAAUACCAUGAUUGAUGGGUUUGUCAAGGCUCGGCAGAUUACGCGAGCACGUGAGAUGUUUGACCAAAUGCCCGUACGUGAUGCUGUUUCUUGGGGCACUAUGAUAGCUGGUUAUACCCAGGCCAAUUUGUGCAGUGAAGCCAUCGAACUCUUCAAUCAGCUUCUUGCUUUAGAACUUCGCCCAGACAACAUCGCACUGGUCUCCGUUCUUUCUGCUUGUGCUCAGCUGGGGGAAUUAGAACAGGGGAAAAUUAUCCACGAGCACAUCACCCGAAAUGGCAUUCAUGUUUCUUCCUUUUUGACCACUGCUUUGGUGGAUUUUUAUGCCAAGUGCGGAUGUCUUGAGACUGCAAUAGAUAUAUUCGAUUCAAGCACUGAUAAAAAUGUGUUUACGUGGAAUGCAAUGUUUGCCGGUCUUGCGAUGCACGGCAAGGGUUCGGUUUUGCUAGACUACUUUUCUAGAAUGAUUGGAUCUGGAAUCCAACCUGACGAAGUGAGCUUCUUAGCAGUUUUAAUGGGAUGUAGCCACGCUGGUCUGGUCCAUGAAGCUCGAAAACUCUUAAAUGAAAUGGAACCUGUUUAUGGGAUUCCUCCGGAGCUGAAACAUUAUGGUUGCAUGGUGGACAUGUUGGGGCGGGCAGGUUUGAUUGGAGAAGCGAUGGAGCUUAUAAGAGGAAUGCCAUAUGAUGGGGAUAUUUUCGUGUGGGGAGGGUUGCUUGGAGGAUGUAGGACACAUGGGAACCUUGAGAUCGCAAAGAAAGCAGCCCAACAAGUGAUGGAGAUAAAACCAGAGGACGGUGGGGUUUAUUCCAUUAUGGCCAAUAUUUAUGCCCACACACAGCAAUGGGAUGAUGUGGUCAAGAUUAGGAGAUUGUUGAGUGCCAAUAAGAAGGCCAAGAAAAUCACUGCCUUCAGUUUGAUUAGAUUGAACGACGACCAUGAGCUCGUCCGGCUUACAGCAUGACAUCUUUAAACUGAUCCGAUGGAAGCUCUGUCCCUGCAAAUAUGUCUGUGCCUGUUGUUCCGGACUUGGAAUUCUCUAUCCUGCCGUAUGAAUCUUGAAUGGAUAUGGUUGUUCUUUGAAUCUCCAUCCUGCAAAUACGUAGUUGCGUUGCAUGGUAAUUUGAAGCUGUAACUUGAAUACAUCUCACUUAUAGUUCUUCCUAUGUAUUCGGCUGCUAAUCAAGUGAUUGAGCUUUUGCAUGCCUGCAAUAUUU